AUGUGGUGGAGCAACGGCAGUGCCCUCCCAGGCUUCAUUCUCAUGGGCUUCUCGGACAGGCCCCAGCUGGAGCUGGUUCUCUUCGGGGUGAUUUUGCUCCUUUACCUCCUGACCCUGCUGGGCAAUGCCAGCAUCAUCCUGGUGUCUCUCUCCGAUGCCAAGCUGCACACACCCAUGUACUUCUUCCUCUGCCAUCUCUCCUUCCUGGACCUCGGCUUCACCAGCAGUGUCAUCCCCCAGCUCCUAGUAAACCUGCGGGGUGCAGAUAAGUCCAUCUCCUACGGAGGCUGUGUGGUCCAGCUCUAUGUGUCCCUUGCGCUGGGCUCCACAGAGUGUGUCCUCCUGGCCGUGAUGUCCUACGACCGCUAUGUGGCUGUCUGCCGUCCCCUGCACUAUGCCUCUGUCAUGCACCCUCAGCUCUGUCACGCCCUGGCAUCCCUGGCAUGGCUCAGUGGUGUGGCCACCGCCCUGGUGCAGUGCACGCUCACCCUGCAGCUGCCCCUCUGUGGGCACCGCCUCGUGGACCACUUCGUUUGCGAGGUCCCCGUGCUCAUCGGGCUGGCCUGUGUGGACACCACCUUCAAUGAGGCCGAGCUCUUUGCAGCCAGCGUCCUGUUCCUGCUUGUGCCUGUCUCCUUCAUCCUGGGCUCCUACAGCCUCAUUGCCCGGGCGGUGCUGGGCAUCACAUCGGCUGCAGGCAGGAGGAAAGCUGUUGGCACCUGCUCAUCCCACCUGCUGGUGGUGGUCAUUUUCUACGGCACCAUUGUCUUCAUGUACCUGCAGCCGGCCCGGAGCCGCUCCAAGGACCAGGCCAAGUUCGUUUCCCUCUUCUACACGGCGGUCACGCCCAUGCUCAACCCUCUCAUCUACACCCUGAGGAACAGGGAGGUGAAGGCAGCACUGAGGAAGGCCCUCGAGAGUAUCCUGGGAGUAAAAUUUUCAUGA